AUGGACGUCAGUGUCUUCUCAGCAACGACGCAGGCCGUCCUGCUCAACGGCAUGUCCAGCAUAGUCGCGCAGGCCAUUUCCGUGUACAAGUCCAAGAGCUUCCGCGCGGUCGACAUUGUUGCAUUUACACACGUCCUGGUCUACACGGCGCUGACGACGCCCCCCAACCACAAGUGGCAGCAAUGGCUCGAAUUCGCCUUUCCGACACAAACUCCAGUUCGUUCCAGUCCGAAGCCAGCCGCAAAGUCCCACAAGAAGCGAGGCGCGGUCAAUGGAAAGCAUCGCGAUCAACAGCCAGACGACGAGCCAACCAGUUUGAGCGUUACCAACACCGUGGCCAAGUUCAUUCUCGACCAGACGCUUGGCGCGGCGGUGAACACCAUCCUGUUCAUCUGCCUUAUGGAUUACAUGAAGACGAACAGCUUCGCAAACGCGCGAUCCAACCUUGAAAAGGACUUCUGGCCCAUGCUCUUGUCAAGUUACAAGCUCUGGCCGUUUAUAUGCCUGAUCAACCUGACAAUCGUGCCGUUCGAGUACCGUGUGUUGGUCGGUAGCGCCGCAGGACUGGCCUGGGGAGUCUACAUCAACCUCAUGUAUGCUUGA